AUGAGACCUGAAAAGGAUUCAGAAGUAUGGACGAAGAGCGAUGAGCAACGAAAACGAGCAGGAUUUGAAUUUGCCGCCGAACCGAUGGAGGUCCUUCUCUUAUUUCCAACAAUUUACUACAUGGCUGGAAUGUCCGUUCUUAUCGUUAUAUUAUCAAUCGUUCUGUGGAUAACUUUUCCACUCAUGUGGGAUUAUUUUGUCUGGUCCGUGUCCUCGACACUGUCGAUUGGAUUGAUCAUCUUCCUUCCCGAGUACUUCUCGAAUAUCAUCAGUUUUGCAAUUCACUUGUGUUACUGGAUUGCUUUCAGCAUCUACAUCUUUGUCUACAUCAUUCAAUUUGCCGUUGGCAUGUCAAAAGCUAAAAAUGCAUUUGAUGAAGUGGCAGCUGGAAGAGGCCAAAGUUACGAAGAUAGUAAUGAGUUUAGACAUGUGAAGACGUCUUAG